AUGUAUUCGGGUUCCGUGAGAGCUGAAAUCGAUCCCUCUAUGCGCAGUCCCGCAGAUCGUUUGGGCGAAUUUCAGCACCAUUGUCUCCGGUCGUUGGCCAGUAUGAUUGUGUGUCCACACACCGCAUUGCCCAUAACUGUCGGCCUGUUUACUCAAUCUGGCUCGAUGCGUGAGACGAGCUAUUUGCAGUUGCUCGGGGAGGAAAUAUCUCAUUUGAAUUCAACACCAAGCCAUCAGCCCCUUCGAAACGAGGGCAGUCGAUUCAGUUGGGGAUCUAGUCUGCUUCCACUCAUGGCCACCUUCCUCAUCGCCUAUGUUCUCGGUCUGACUCUGGGUUGGCAGCUUGGUCUGGCUGUGGCUGUUACCGCCACAGUGUUGUAUUUCAUAGCUUGCACUGUUGUUUUCUUCGGUGUUCGUGGAAAAAAUUGUCCGAAGUCUGUACAGUUUGCUGAAACCUUAUCGCGGUACAUACGCGGAUGUCAGUUGGUUCUCAACAUUUUAUUCUACCGCGCUCCGUCAGCCCCAUCUUCCGCACAACCAGUAAAGUUACUCCCGAUCAGUUUGAACUUGACCGGCUGCGUGAGUGGUAUGGAAGCGGCAGCUCAAAUGACAGAGAAAUUGUGGCAAUUCGCCGAACACAAGUACGGUCGACUGGCUGUGCGUUUCCAGUGGGCCAGUCGAGAUAAUUUCAGUNUCUCGUUCGGAACGCGUUUCAUGCUCGCGCGCAACAUUUUGCGAAUUGUAUUCCCGACAGCCUCACACGGACCCAAUCGCAAUCAUCCAAACGUAUCAUGUAGUCUUUUUUAA